GGACUUCAGGUGGCAGAGUAUUCCAGAGCGAUGGUGCCACUGCUGUAAAGGCUCUGCGUCUGGUUGCUGUUAGACGCAAGGUCUUGACAUUGGGAAUUUCCAAUGUUUCAAAACUUUUAGCCAGCUUUUAGGAAUUUUAAAAGAAAAUGUCAAUGUAUUUUUAAUUUUUUUAAAUCUUUGUAUUGUUGUAAAUGGUUUUCAUUUGUUCAUUGUCUCAAGACCCCUUGUGAGCUUGGCAAUAAUACAGAAAUGUGUUAAAUAAAAAUAAAUACAUAGAUUCCUUUAAAAAAACAAAAUGAUUAUCACAUAUAUAACUAACAAUACUUCACUAUCUAAUCAAUCAAUCAGUAGAGAACUGAAAAUGAAAUGAGAAUGUUCAGAUGGUGAUUACUCCUUAAGGUACUUUGUGGCAAUAAGAUAGUAGAGAAAGCAAUAUCAAGUUUGUUACGUAUUACACUUUAAUGUUGCAUUAAAAGUCAUACAAAACCAUAAAUAAAGUUUGCCAAAUACUUUACUGAAACCCAAGUAGCAAAGAAAUAACUCAUCUCCAGGCAUAGUCCUCAAAUUGUAUUUAAUUUACAUCAACACUGUGUUUUGUUUGAAAUUCAGCAAAAAGAAAAAUUCCCUGCACUUCUUUUUCUGGGCCUCACAGUGGCGAUGUUGGCCAAUCUUGUUUUCAGUUCAGGAUGGAAAUGCAUUGGUGCUUUCUACAAUGAGGUUGCUUCAUCAGUGCUGUAUAGAUAGAAGAAACGGAGAGACCGGCAUUGCUGCUAAGAAAAAAGAAAACACAUUUGCCUUGCAAAAAUUAAAAAGAGCUUGUUCUUCCACAAAGAUUUGCCUACCACAAGAAGAAAAUUUAUUUUGAUUUCCUGAAAAAAGGUAGGGGAAAGGAUUUCUCAAAAAACCAUAUGGAGAUAAAGCACAGAAAGACUAUCAAGGCACUUACAAGGCAAGUAUUGCUUUUCUUCCUAUUUUCAUUCAAUUGCUGGGGUGCUUCAGAACAGAUUCAUUAUUCUGUCUCUGAGGAAAUGCCCAAGGGCUCCCUCUUGGGGAAUCUCGCCAAGGAUUUGGGCCUAAAUGUCAAAGAACUAGCAAAAUAUAAUUUACAUGCUGCCUCAGUGGAUGAUAUUAAAUAUUUUGUUAUCAGCACAGAGAAUGGAAACCUCUAUAUAAAUGAUAGGAUAGACCGGGAAGAAAUAUGUGGCAAAAAUUCACUUUGUUUUGUGAAUUUUGAGGUGGUUACUGAAAAUCCUCCGGACAUUUUCCAUAUAACAGUUGCAGUCCAGGACAUUAAUGAUAAUGCACCCCGGUUCCUCAGUGACAAUAUCAACUUGGAGAUAAUUGAAUCUGCAUUACCAGGCACCCGAUUUCUCCUUGGUAAAGCUGAAGAUCCUGACAUGGGGGUGAAUUCUCUUCAGAGGUACCAGCUCAGCUCAAAUGCCUAUUUUACCCUGGAAGUGAAAGAGAGUCAGGAUGGAAAUGUGUUUGCAGAUUUAGUGCUACAGAAAUCAUUAGAUCGGGAAAGUGAACAGACCAUUCACUUAAUUCUUGAAGCCAUAGAUGGAGGUGAACCCAGAAAAACCGGAACUGUACAGAUAUGGAUUAAUGUCACUGAUGCCAAUGACAACCCACCCACUUUCAGUCAAGAAGUUUACAAGGUCAGUUUGAGAGAAAAUGUACCUGUGGGGACACUUGUACUCCAGGUUGUAGCAUCUGAUAAUGACGAAGGCACAAAUGCCCAAAUCAGUUAUCACUUCACCAACAUGCACCAACAGCAAAGGAAAUUUAAGGUGGAUCCUUCUAAUGGUAAAAUCACACUUACGGAUACACUGGAUUUUGAAGAAGCCAAAGAAUAUAUCAUGACAGUGGCAGCAAAAGAUGGAGGAGGAUUGGCUACACACUGUAAAGUAGAAAUUCAGAUUGUUGAUGAGAAUGACAACCCACCAGAGGUAACCUUGGUGUCUUUGUUUAGCCCAGUUCCUGAGAACUCUGAGUCUGAUAUCUUAAUUGCGCUAAUCAAGAUCAAUGACAAAGAUCAGGAUGACAAUGGAAAAGUGACUUGCUAUUUGGGAAAUGAUUUGCCUUUCAAGAUUCGUCCUUCAUCUAAUAACUACUACAAGCUUCUGGCAGAUCAUCCUUUGGACAGAGAAACAGCUCCUGUGUAUAAUAUUACAAUCAUAGCUACUGACAAAGGAACCCCUCCUCUUUCCUCUUACAAAAUGAUUACACUGCAAAUUUCUGAUAUCAACGACAAUGCCCCUACUUUCGAAAAAUCUUCCUACAGCAUCUAUGUGACAGAAAACAACCCAUCUGGCACUUCCAUUUUUACUAUUAAAGCCUUUGAUCCAGAUGUGGGCUCAAAUGCACGGAUCACAUACUCUAUCCUCAACAGCAACAUCCAGAACCUUCCUAUUUCUUCCUAUAUCUCCAUUAACUCUGAGACUGGCAUCAUCUAUGCCCAGCGAUCCUUUGACUAUGAAGAAUUCAGAGAGUUCCAGCUCCAGGUGAAGGCCCAAGAUGGAGGAUCUCCCCCUCUCAGCAGCAAUGCCACAAUCAGGGUGUUUAUUUUGGACCAAAAUGAUAACACUCCUCGUAUCUUAUAUCCUUCUCCAGAAGCCAAGGGUUCUGUCUUAUUUGAGAUGGUGCCUCGUUCUGCUGAGGAAGAUUAUCUAAUCACUAAAGUGGUUGCAGUAGAUGCUGAUUCGGGACACAAUGCCUGGCUCUCCUAUCACCUGGUCCAGGCUACGGAGCCAGCUCUUUUCACCAUUGGAUCUCAUACUGGGGAGAUCAGGACAUCCAGGGCCUUUGUGGAGAAAGAUGCUGUGAAACAGAGGCUGGUGGUUAUGGUGAAGGACAGUGGACAGCCUCCUCUCUCAGCCUCCGUCACCCUGAACCUGGUGUUUGCAGAGAACUUCCAGGAGGCCCUUCCAGAAAUGAAAAACCAGGCAAGGGACUCCGAGACUCAAGAUGAUCUCCAAUUCUACUUGGUGCUGGCUUUAGCUGUGAUCUCCUUCUUAUUCCUCUUGACAGUGAUUUUGGCGAUUAUAAUGAAAGUCCGAAAAUCAGGGAAUCCCCAAUUCCUGCAGUGCUUUGGCCCUGUUCCUCAUUCGAAGGCAGGGGCCAUCUUUCCCCCUAAUUUUGAAGAUGGGACUUUGCCUUAUUCCUACCAGCUGUGCCUCUCCUCAGAGUCGCAGAGGAAUGAGUUCACCUUCAUGGCACCCAAAGUUCCAAUUGCCAACAAUUUUCUUUAUAAAGAUAUAUCUGUUACACAUUGUGUAGGCAAUAAUGGAAGCGAAUUUAAAUCUGAGACGGAAAACACUGAAGAGGUAAGGCUCGGCUCUUGAGAUUAUAUGUAUAGUAGAGUACAUAGUUCUUUACCAUUAGCAACCUUUUGUAAUGUAGGUACAAUUGCAUUUGUGACUUUUCACUUGCUAUCUGCUUUUUCCUCUUUCUUUUGUACUGUCAGAUAUAAUUAAAUAACUAUAGUUUGGAAUACUAAACCCAUUAUUGUAAUUAUCUAUCCUAUAGUCAUUUGUCAUUUGUUCAUAUUCUCUGUAGUAUUUCCAAAAUUAAAACUUAAAUUAGAUGGCCAUGAAAAGAGAGGGGGAGAGAAUUAUUUUUGACACCACCACCCCACGGCUAAGGUUAAAAAAGUAUAAAUAAUGAGUUUUGUUUCUUCCAACAUGUUAAUAAAUACUGGCAUUAUGGGCCAAAAUUCAGGCCACACUAGCAUUUGACCAGCAGUGAAGUUGUUUUCCCAGUGUAUUCAUAUGUCCUUAUUCUAAGAUUGUGGUUAAAUCUACUCUGCUUAGCAUCUAUUUCACAUAUUUAGAGUUUUCCUGCCUGUCUACCUUUAAAUACAUAGAUUAUCUAAUAAACAUUGUUACCUGUCCC